UUAUGAGCUUUGUUUAGCACUUGAGGCUUUAGAGCUACCAAAAAAGAUUCCUUUUAUUUUGACCUUCAAAAUAGAAAAAUGGGUGGGAAUUCACCGUGUGCCUCAUGCAAGCUUCUGAGACGCAGGUGCACCAAAGAUUGUGCAUUUGCUCCUUAUUUCCCUGCUGAUGAACCCCACAAGUUUGCCAUAGUCCACAAAGUUUUUGGCGCUAGCAACGUUAGCAAAAUGUUGCAGGAACUUCCGGUGGAGCAAAGAGCAGAUGCAGUGAGCAGCCUAGUGUACGAGGCGAAUGCGAGGGUCCGGGAUCCGGUAUACGGGUGUGUCGGAGCCAUAUCAUACCUUCAAAACCAAGUCUCAGAGCUUCAAAUGCAGCUAGCAGUUGCUCAAGCAGAGAUACUCUGCAUCCAGAUGCAGCAGCAAGUAGAAGAAGAUCCACCAGUGAUGAUGAUGAUGAUGCCACCACCUCAACUCUCAAAUGAAAAUGAACUCUCUCAUCACUACUUUACUACUUUUGGAUCUUCUUCUACCAAUAAUGUAAUUCAUGAUUCCUUCAAGAGACAAAGUGUUUUUGGACAUGACAUGGUUUCUUGA